AUGUGUUCUCUUUCAGCUGCCCUGAGGAAAUGGAAUAGAGAUGUCUCUGGUUCAGUAUUUGGAACCUUUUUUCUGAUCUUGAGCAUGAGGAUAAGAAUAAACUUUCUAAUACUAUUUUCUCUAUUGGAUGUGAAGGACGCUCUCUUCUCUAUUGGUCCUCUUAAGGCCUCUGGCUAUGAUGGGUUUCCUACAAGCUUUUAUCAGCAUCAUUGGCAGUUGUAUUCUCGUGAUAUUUACUCCAUUGCUUGCAAUGCUUUCACUUCUGGUUGCAUCCCUUCUGGUCUUAAUCAUACCAUUAUCUCUCUAAUUCCCAAAGUUGAUGGUCCCCAACACAUGGUUAAUUUCAAGCCAAUUAGUCUUUGUUCCACCAUCUAUAAGGUCAUCUCUAAACACAUUGUGGCAAAGUUGAGACCUCUUAUGAUGAAGCUUAUAAGUUCUAACCAGGUGCUUUGUGAAAUUAAGCUUCCCUAUAUGCUAAUCAAAUUGAUCAUGAGAUGUGUUUUCUCUACUAGUUUUCAAAUAUGCUUUAAUGAUGACCUCAUUGACGGUUAUAAGGCUCAAAGAAGAAUUAGGCAGGGGGAUCCUCUCUCUCCUUACCUUUUUGUGUUGUGCAUAGAGAAGUUAUCUCACCUAAUUAAGUCUGCUGUUGAUUAUGGGAGUUGGAAAGCUGUUAAAGCUUCUCAAUCUGGGCCGAGAAUUUCUCACCUCUUUUUUGCAGAUGAUUUGAUGUUGUUUGCUGAGGCUUCCUCUAGACAAGCUUCUGGUUUAAAGGGCAUUCUUGAUACCUUAUGUUCUUUGUCUGGCCAGGCUGUUAGUUAUGAGAAAUCUCUUAUAUUUUGCUCUCCCAACAUUGAUAGAAGGCUUGCUAAUAUAUUAGUAGGACUUGUGGCUCCCCCUUGA